AUGAACGAUUUCGACCAGAAGUGGUGCACAGACAUGAUCAAUAAAAUCAGAUCAUGGCCAAUUGCGAUACCUUUCUUGGAAAAAGUCGAUCCAGAAGAUCUUCCAGAUUAUAAACAAGUUGUUUCUAAACCCAUGGAUAUUUCAACAAUGAAAUCCAAACUUGAGAAAAAGAAAUAUACUUCAAUAAAUGAUUUCUUCAAAGAUUUACAAUUAAUACAUGAUAAUUCUUCACUAUAUAAUGGCCCAACUCAUAUGCUUACUCACAUGGCCAAAGAUUUAUUGAUGGAUGUACAUCAAAGAUAUGCUAUACGUGCAGAAAAUGAAAAAGAUUCUUGGUUAUUCAAGCUUGCACAACUUAGAAAUAGAAUUAACGAACUUAUCAAAAAUACCCCACCAGAAUUUUUGCAAGACUCUAAAGGAAAGAAUUUAUCCUUACCAAACAAUUUCUACCCUGAUCAAUUAGAUGAUCAGCAACGCGCAAAAAUGGAAAUGAUCGUCGGCGAAACUGAUUUAAACGUUAUUCCGAAGAAUUGGGUACUAUAUACUACAAAGACAAAGGAAGAUGUUAUUAAAGUAAUCAAAAAGAAUAUGUAA